UAAUUUUGCAAAAUGUACAUGGAUUGAUGAUAUGCAUAUAAACUUUAUGUCAUUUGAAAGAUUGAAAAGUAAAUUUUCCCUAUUGCAAUUUGCAAAGUUGACCAAACAGCCUAAUAAGUCACAUUGUUAUCAGUUACAAAUUGAAGGGCGAUAACUCUAACUUUUCGUUGAACCAAGACUUGUGAAGAUGCUCACCGUGCUGUUUAUAUGAUGAAACAUGAAAAUAUGACAGAUGAAUAGGUUUUCACGAAUAUCAGCGUGUAAGAGACUAAAAAUUACAGUUAACCACAUUGUAGGUAGAAGAAUGACAACCAAUAAUGAAUGCUCAGCUGGAAUAAUAGUUAUUGGUGAUGAAAUUCUCAAAGGACAAACAGAAGACACAAAUUCCCACUUUAUCUGCAAACAUUUGUUCUCUCUUGGUGUCAAAGUGAAAAAGAUAUCUGUGAUAGGAGAUGACUUGGAUACCAUUGCUCAGGAAGUCUCGUUGUUUUCUAAGUCAUUCACACAUGUUAUAACAACUGGUGGUAUAGGACCAACACAUGAUGACAAAACUUUUGAAGGUAUUGCUAAAGCCUUUGACGAUGUUUUAGAACCAAACCCUGUGUUAGUGGAGUUGUGUAAAGAAUACUUUGGACCUGCAUCAAUGGAUUCACCUAAAAUGAAACUUGCAAUGGUACCAAAGUCAGCGACUACAGUGUAUGGUUAUCACCCAGAGACAGGACAGAAAAACAAAUUCCCAUUAGUGACUAUUAAAAAUGUUUACAUAUUCCCCGGAGUACCCCAGUUAUUAGAAAGAUCAUUUGUCACAUUAGAGCAUUUGUUCAAAAACCCUUCAAAAGAUUUUUAUACUAGAGAGAUAUAUGUUGACAAAGAUGAGGUAUCAAUAGCUGACAUCCUAAACACUGUAGACAGUAAACACAAUAAUACAGUUAUACUUGGGUCCUAUCCUGACUUCAUUAAUAGUUACUACAAAGUAAAGCUAGUACUUGAGUCUGAGACAAAGAAAGAUUUAGAUGAUGCUUGUCAAACUUUGACCCAGAGUCUUCCUAAAGAUUGUAUAGUGGAGUAUGAUAAAUCACCAAUUCAUCAUGCUGUAGACAAAGUGUAUGGGAUUGUAAACUCAUGUGAGAGAUGUGAAUAUACCAAUAAUGUGAGAGAGGCUGUGAAAAUCAUAGAGGAAUGUUUAGACAAAUACGGAUUAGAUGAUCUGUGUGUAGGAUUUAAUGGUGGGAAAGAUUGUACUGUUUUACUUCAUUUGUUUUAUUCCGUUGCCAAAAAAAAAUAUCCAGUUCAUAAAGACAAAUACAAAGCUCUGUAUAUCAAGAGUAAAUCUGUUUUCCCUGAGGUUGAGAAAUUUAUACAGAUAUCUAGAGAUAAUUAUAGUUUAGAAAUGCUGAAUUAUCAUGGACGUAUUAAAGACAGUCUGACAGAAUUAAAAAAAGGUCAUCCUGGUAUAAAAGCAGUUAUAAUGGGAACCAGAAAAACUGAUCCUUAUUCUUGUCAUUUAGAGUCGUUUUCAAUGACAGAUGCUGAUUGGCCACAGUUUAUGAGAGUUAAUCCUUUACUAAACUGGUCAUACAAACAUAUAUGGCAGUUCCUUAGAUCUCUAAACAUUCCUUAUUGUAGUUUAUAUGAUAGAGGAUAUACUUCUUUAGGCAGUAUGAACAAUACACAUCCGAACCCACAUCUACAAUACAUAGAUGAUAGAGGGAUUCUGUCUUAUCAUCCUGCACAUACCUUAGUCAAUGAAAACAGUGAAAGACAUGGAAGAAAUACAUGAUAUGUUGUUAAUUGAUAUACUCACAAUUUUUAAUAAAUUAUUUAUAGCCA